AUGGCUGACCAAAUUCCAUUCGGUGUUGUGGAUCGCAUUUUGAUCAAGUCAGGGUCCCUGGCUGUUCAAGAAAUUCGAUCUAUGUAUGGUGUUCCAAAGGAGUUAACCAAGCUCAGUGGGAAACUUGGCACCAUCAAGGCUGUGCUUUUGGAUGCUGAGGAGAAGCAGCAGCAGAACAAUCAUGCAGUCAAAGAUUGGGUCCGGAGGCUUAAAGGCGUUGUGUAUGACGCAGAUGACUUGCUGGAUGACUAUGCAACCCAUCAUCUUCAGCGAGGAGGAUUGGCAAGGCAGGUCAGUGACUUCUUCUCAUCUGAAAAUCAAGUUGCUUUUCGUUUAUACAUGAGUCACAGACUCAAGGAUAUCAAAGCAAGGAUAGAUGAUAUUGCAAAAGACAUCCCCAUGUUAAAUCUUAUUCCACGGGACAUAGUACUACACACACGGGCAGAGAAUAGUUGGAGAGACACCCAUUCAUUCGUGUUAACAUCUGAAAUUGUAGGAAGAGAAGAAAACAAAGAGGAGAUAAUAGGGAAGUUGUUGUCGUCCGACGGUGAAGAAAAUCUUUCGGUUGUUGCCAUUGUAGGUAUUGGGGGGUUGGGUAAGACCACCCUUGCUCAAUUGGUAUACAAUGAUGGAAGAGUGAAAGAACAUUUUGAGCCUAAGAUAUGGGCUUGCAUUUCUGAUGAUUCUGGUGAUGGUUUUGAUGUUAAUAUGUGGAUCAAAAAAGUUUUAAAAUCUAUGAAUGUUCGGUUUGAUGAAAGUCUGGAGGUUAUGAAAAAUAAGCUUCAUGAAAAAAUAAGUCAAAAGAGGUACUUGCUAGUCCUCGAUGAUGUUUGGAAUCAAAAUCCUCAAAAAUGGGAUGACGUGAGAACUUUAUUAAUGGUUGGGGCUAUUGGCAGUAAAAUUGUAGUGACCACCCGUAAACGAAGAGUUGCAUCAAUCAUGGGAGAUAAUUCUCCCAUUAGUUUGGAAGGUCUGGAACAAAAUCAGUCCUGGGAUUUAUUUUCAAAAAUCGCAUUUAGAGAAGGCCAGGAGAAUUUGCAUCCAGAAAUUCUAGAAAUUGGAGAAGAAAUUGCAAAAAUGUGCAAGGGAGUUCCUCUCAUCAUUAAGACUUUAGCAAUGAUAUUGCAGUCUAAAAGAGAACAGGGCGAAUGGUUGUCUAUUAGAAACAAUAAAAAUUUGUUGUCACUUGGCGAGGAAAAUGAGAAUGUUUUAUCUGUGCUAAAACUAAGUUAUGAUAAGUUGCCUACUCAUUUGAGACAAUGCUUUACAUAUUGUGUUGUAUUUCCAAAAGACUAUGAGAUUGAGAAAAAGUCGUUGGUACAACUAUGGAUAGCACAAGGUUACAUUCAAUCUUCAAAUGAUAAUAAUGAGCAACCAGAAGAUAUAGGGGAUCGAUAUUUUCAGGAAUUAUUGUCAAGGUCAUUGUUGGAGAAGGCGGGAAACAAUCCUUUUACUGCUACAUUAAGGUAUAAAAUGCAUGACCUUAUACAUGAUCUUGCACAAUCAAUUAUAGGAUCUGAGUUCCUCAUUUUAAGAAAUGACAUAACAAACAUUUCAAAAGAAAUUCGUCAUGUAUCAUUGUUUAAAGAAAUGAAUGUUAAGAUAAAAGAUUUAAAGGGAAAACCCAUAAGGACCUUUAUAGACUGUCGUGGACAUUGGAGAAAGGAUUCAUCAGCUAUAAGUGAAGUUCUUCCUAGCUUUAAGUCCCUACGUGUGUUGAGUGUGGAUAAUUUGGCUAUAGAGAAGGUGUCAAUGUGGGUAGACAAAUUGAGCCACUUAAGGUAUCUUGAUCUUUCUCUUCGUGAUUUUGAGGCACCUCCAAAUGCUAUUACAAGGUUAAAGAAUUUACAAACACUAAAACUCAAUGAGUGUUGGAGUUUGAAGAGAUUUCCAAAAGAUACAAGAAAAUUGAUCAAUCUUAGACACUUGGAGAAUGGUGGGUGUGCUAAUUUGACUCAUAUGCCACAUGGAAUAGGAGAAUUGACAUUACUUCAAAGUUUACCAUUGUUUGUUGUUGGGGAAGAGAGAGAGUUGUCCAGGGAUCAUACAAUUGGCAGCUUAAUUGAAUUGAAGAGGCUAAACCAACUAAGAGGAGGACUACUCAUAAAAAAUCUUCAAAAUGCACGGGUAUCAGAAGGAGAAAUUUUGAAAGAAAAGGAGUGCCUUGAGUCUUUGAGAUUAGAAUGGGCCCAAGAAGGUAACUGUGAUGUGGAUGAUGAGUUGGUGAUGAAAGGCCUCCAACCACACCGAAACCUAAAAGAGCUUUAUAUAGGUGGCUACCGAGGUGCAAGGUUUCCAAGUUGGAUGAUGAAUAGCCUGCUUCCUAACCUAAUUAAAAUUGAUAUUAGGGGAUGUUCAAGAUGCCAAAUUCUACCACCCUUUUCUCAACUCCCAGCUCUCCAGUCUUUGGCGCUUUGGAAUAUGGAAGAGGCGGAGGGCAUGAAAGAGGGUCCAUCAACAACAAAUGCCGAAUUCUUCCCAGCUCUUCAAUCCCUCAAACUCAACAAGAUGCCGAAGUUGAAGGGAUUGUGGAGGAUGGGUUCAGGGGCAGAGCAAGGUCUCUCAUUUCCUCAUCUUUCUGAAUUAAAGAUUGAAGAAUGUUCUAAGUUGACAUCCUUUGAAUUGCAUUCAUCUCCUUCUCUUUCUACUUUAAAGAUCAAAAAAUGCCCUCACUUGACAUCCUUUAAAUUGCAGUUCUCUCCUCGUCUUUCUGCUUUAAAGAUUGAAGAGUGCCUUCUCUUGUCAUCCUUUGAAUUGCAUUCAUCUCCUUGUCUCUCUGAAUUUGAGAUCAGUGAUUGCCCAAACUUGACAUCCUUGGGACUGCAGUCAUUUCCUUCUCUUUCUAAAUUAAAGAUCCAUAGUUGCCCAAAUUUGACAUCCUUGGAACUGCCUUCAUCUCCUCAUCUUUCUAGAUUACAAAUCAGUUUUUGCUGUAACUUGAAAUCCUUGGAACUGCCUUCAUCUCCUGGUCUUUCUCAAUUAGAGAUCGAAUAUUGUGAUAACUUCACAUCCUUGGAACUGCAGUCAGCUCCUCGUCUUUGUCAAGUACAGAUCAGACAUUGCCAAAACUUGACAUUCUUAAAAGAGGUUUCAUUACCUAGUCUUGAGAAACUAUCACUAUCUACAGUCAGAAGGGUGGUGCUCAUAAUGUUUGUCUCUGCUUCUUCUUCACUGGAGUCUCUGUUUAUUAACAACAUAGAUGAUAUGGUAUCUCCCCCAGAGGAGCUGCUUCAACAUCUUUCCACUCUCCACAAUUUGAAUUUAAAGAUUGGAAAAUGCCCGAAGUUAGCAUCCUUUGAAGUGGCUUCAUUACCUUGUCUUUCUAGUCUAAAGAUUGGAAAAUGCCCAGAGUUAGCAUCCUUUGAAGUGGCUUCAUUACCUUGUCUUGAGGAACUAAGCCUGGGUGGAGUUGGAGCAAAGUUACUGUCAAAGUUAGUGUCCAUCUUUGCUUCUUCUUCAUUGAAGUCUCUGUAUAUAUGGGAGAUACAUGAUAUGAGAUCUCUCCCAAAGGAUCUGCUUCAACAUCUUUCCACUCUCCAAACUCUCCACAUUUUGAAAUGCUCUCGUUUGGAAACAUUAUCACACUGGAUGGGCAGCCUCAUCUCACUUAGAGAGCUUGGAGUUCAUGAAUGCCGUCAAUUGACAUCACUGCCAGAAGAGAUGCGUUCACUCAGAAACCUGCAGGAGUUAUAUCUCUGUGAUAGUCUAAUUCUACAGAUAUGCAGUGUGACAACAGGUGGAAACUGGUCCAGGAUUGCUCAUAUCCCACAUAUUCAUUUCUUCGAUGAUCAGGGAAUAAAGUUUAAGACUAUAUGAUAGAUGAUGUGCACUAAACUGAUCAUUUUAGUAGGUUCUACAUUCUAAGGGUUUGAGGAAAUACUGAGAUCUGAUAUGAUAUAUCUCCCAGAGGAGCUGCUUCAACAUGUUUCCAUGAUCUAAACUCUCACCAUUAGACAUUGCUGUUUUUGCAACAUUACAACACUGGAUAGGCAGCCUCCCCUCAGUUAUAGAACUUGGAACUCAUGGCUGCCAGAAGAUGCUAUGAUGUCUCCCAGGGGAGGUACCUCAACAUGUUUCCAGGAUCCAAACUCUCAAAUUGAAUUAUGCUCUGGUUUUGCAAUAUUGCAGCCCUGGAUAGGCAGCUUCACCUCACUUAUGGACCUUCAUAUUUGUGACUGCGCUGAAUUGACAUCACGGUUGGAAGAGAUGCAUUCCCUCAAAAGCCUGCCAACACUCAAAAACUUUCAUUGCUGGAACCUACUUGAAGAUGCCAAAAGGAAACAUUUCAAGUUCAAGAAUAGAGAGAGCCAUGCUUGGUUCAGAUUCCAUCAAUAUAGAGAGACAUUUCAGAUUUCAUCUUGCAUAAGACGCGUGUGAAUAUUUCUUCUUGGCUCAACUUGAAAUCACUGCCUACAUUCUUCCAUUUCCCAUCUCAAAAUCACGUGGCAGAAGUUUUGAACUGCCAAAAAAUUUGUGAUGGCCCAUAAUUUCUUAUCUACCAGAUGACUAAUGGAGGAAGGUCCUGCUUUCUUUAGAAUUCAGGUCUACUCUUUGCCAUGUAUUACAGAUGCAAGUGUUGCUGGGUCAAAACAAAAUACCAGAUGGUAAUGUAGUUGUGACACCUUACUUCUCUAAAGCAAAUCGAAAGUGGGAAUUGUCAUAGAUUGAUAUUCUCUCAGUGGUGGCCACACCUCAUUUCUCUCAAGUCAUUGAAAAUUCAGUGAUGUGCUAGUAGCUUAAUUAAUGUCUCUGUCACAAGUGAUUCAACAUCUCAUCCCACUUGAAGCCUUGGAAGGCAUCUCUAUAUUCAGGGACUCAGAUUGCCGCCCUAAAUUUGAUUCAAUAGGAAUCCUUACAUCACUUCAGACCUUCGAAUUUAUGAAUGCCUUGAAUUGACAUCACUUCUAGAAGAGAUGGUCCACUCAGGUCUCUGCAGACACAAUUCUUGACUUUUCUUUUUUGGCAACAACAAGAGACUUUAUAGGCAGUCUCACCUCACUUGCAUACCUUGAAAUCAAUAGCUGUCCUGAACUAACCUCAUCUCCAGAAGAGAUUGGUUCCUUCAGAUCCAUACAGCCACCCAUAAUCUCUUAUUGUCCAUUGCAAUUGGAAAGAUGUCAAAGGGAAACAAUUGAAGAUUGGUCAAAGAUUGCUCAUGUUAUAGAAAGUUAUUUCAGGUUGAUACUAAAGGGGUAAUAUUGAGAAUGAGUUGAGCAUUGUUCAAUUUCUCAAGAUAAAUGUUCAUGAGAACAUCCUGAAGCUACUAAAGCACCAUUACAGAGUACCCACCACAAGUCUAAUGGAGCAUACUUCUCAACCUUCACAAUUACUUUUAUGAUUCCAGAUGGGACAUAUGCCCUAGGGCAAAUAACCAUUGGAGGCCCUUACAAGGCUCCUAUCAAUUUCAAUGUCCAAGGCACUGUGAAGUCCCCGAUGGAUACCAGCAGGUUCAAGGCUGAAGCUGGUUGGAUUGCUUUCCAACAAAUCGACCAGUUCAUAUUGUCUUAUGGUGGAGUAUUUUAUGGCCAAGCAAAACCUGUAUGGAGCAGAAAAGGCCCCAGUUCUGCAUAUUGCAACCAACUUCCCAUCAAUCUGAGAUUCAACUUCAUCACCAAUAGCAUGGUCAAGGACAUAACUUCAAGAGAUAGCAAACAGUUUCAAAUGAAUCUUUUGGGGUGCAAGAAUUUGACUUUCUACAACGUUGAAAUUAGUGCACCAGAAGUCAGCAUUAAUACAGAUGGAAUUCACAUUGGACGGUCCUCAGGGAUCAAUUCAACCGUAGAAACCGGAGAUGAUUGUGUCUCAAUUGGUGAUGGCAGUGAGUAAAUUAAUAUCCAAAGAGUAACCUACGGACCCGGCUAUGGCAUCAGUGUGGGAAGUCUAGGAAAGUGCCCCAAUGAAGAACCUGUGGUUGGCAUUACUGUCAAGAACUGCACCUUCACCCCCAGAAUGGCGUGAGAGUGAAGACAUAGCCUACUCCCAUCAAGGCACUGCUUCUAAAAUGCAUUUUGAAGAUAUUGUCAUGAAUGAUGUUGCCAAUCCCAUAAUCAAAGGUCAAGGGUACUGCCCCCAUAACCAAUGCAACUUGAAGAGUCCAUCACGCAUUAAGCUCAGCAAUGUUAGCUUCAGAAACAUCCGGGGCACUACCUCAACUCAGGUUGUGGUCAAGCUUAUUUGUGAUCAGGGAGUACCAUGCCAAGACGUGGAGCUUGGUGACAUCAACUUGAAAUACAACGGAAAUGAAGGCCUUGCCAUGUCAUAAUGCAACAUUAAGCCAAAUCUACUGGGCAAGCAACUGCCAAGGACUUGUGCCUAAGAUGCUUAAUCUUCUUUCAAAGUCUGAACAAAUUGUACUGCUUCUAUUAUAUAGCUACCUCUUCAUGCUUACGCGUCUGCUAGUUUAUUGGUGAAUAAACUACAAUGAACAGACGAAAAUACAACACUCGUCUAUUAUGGAAGGUAUGUGCAGUUUGAUCCCAUGAGAAAAAACAAAUGUCUAUUCAGUCGUUUUUUUACAUAAGCAUCCAAGUUUAGAUGAGGAUUGAGCUGCCGUAGUACAAAUUGUAGCUCCAAAGAAUAAUCUUAAUGUUAAUGCAGUUUGGAUUACCAAAUGUAGUCAAGUGAAUUAAAAUUCCUUUA